AUGUCACCAAGACAACGAGAUGGCCGGAGGAAUUCUCGGUCAACAGAUGAAGAAUAUGUCGUAUUUAUUCAAGGUAUCCCGCCUCAAUGUCGAUGGCAGGAACUGAAAGAUCUUGUCCGCCAGACUGCUCUGCACAUACGGCAGGCUGUAGUUUACGAUGAUUGUCACGGGCAUCCAACUGGACUUGGCCAAAUCAUAGUGAAAAAUGAAGAUGAAGCGUGGCGCACUUAUAACAGGCUGUCAACGAACGGGUGGAAUGGUAAUAGCUUGACGGUAACACUAUCGCUCGCAAGUGCGCCGACCAAACCCAUUGCUGGACCGACCAAGAGUCAACCUCCAAGCCGAAUGCCAUAUGCUGCUGGUGGAUAUUCGAGUCCUCCAAGUUGCCCACCACUUAUCUCCUCCCCGACGAGAACUAUGCCCCCUGACAACAGUAACAGCUUUUACAAUUUUCGCCAGGAUUCAGUUGUGAAUUUUUCAUGCAGCAUUUGCAUACAGAACCUUGCCAUCGAUACAACCUGGCAGAAUUUGAAGGACUAUCUCCGGACGGCUGGUACUGUGGAGCGAUGCGAUAUUCGCGAAGAUCGUAAAGGGGGAGGUCGCCACCCGAGGGCUUAUGCAACUGCUACAUUUCGAACCAAGGAAGAGGCUCGAAGAGCUGUCACGCUAUUUGACAAUGCAUAUUUCAAAGGUUCCAGAAUUCGAGUACGAAUUGACCGAGACAAUGGAGGAGGCAGCAGUGGUAGUGGAAAUGGGGCGGUAUUCACGCCUUAUCGACUUGCUAGAAACAAAAACACCAAUGAGAGUGGAAGUAGAGUGGAAGCCGGAACAGGGAUUGGAAAUGGAAACGCGAAUGACGUGACAGCGGUGACGGCACCUUUGUCAACAGAUCGGAAGUCGCCCACAGGAUCGAUUAGCCUCUCUCCAGGAUCUACCGUUGGUAGUCAAUGGGUCAAGGGUCGGGCUGAAAGCUGGGAGAUCUAA